GUGUUGCGGCACGCGCCGUUAGGAAACAUCAUGGCGUCGUCCACGCGAAGGCAUGUUCGUCAUAUGUCAAAACAAGAUGAUGAUGGUGAUAAUAGUACUAUCCCACCGCCAAAUAUAUCCAGCAUCAAAAACAAAUUUAAGCGUGCAGAGACUUUUGUGAAGAUCAAAAGAGAAAAGCGAAAGCAAAGAAUAGAGGAAAGAAAAGUUAGGAGGAGGGAAGCUGAACUACUUGGAGAUGAGGCACCACCAAAGCAGGUUCCGCGUACAAUUGAAAACACGCGAGAGGCUGAUGAAACGAUGGUCACACAGGAUGAUGAAGAAGUUCAGUAUGACGAAGCAAACGAUGAACUGGCAUCAUACUUCAAGCGGGAAAGUUUGCCGAAAAUUCUUAUCACGACGUCGGACAGGCCUAGAACGAAAACCAACAAGUUUGUGCAGGAAUUGAAGAUGGCGAUACCUAAUUCUCAGUCAAAGUAUCGCCGAGGCUUGGAUCUAAAGAAAAUUAUUCCGCAAGCAAUUGCUAAGAGCUUUACAGAUCUGAUAGUUAUUCAUGAGGAUCGUGGCGAGCCUAAUGCACUCUAUGUCUGCCAUUUACCAGAGGGGCCUACUGCACACUUCAAAUUGUCCAGCGUAAAGUUACGGAAGGACAUUAAGAGAGUUGGUAAGCCUUGCAGCAAUCAGCCAGAGAUUGUUCUGAACAACUUCAACACUCGCCUGGGCCAUUCUAUUGGACGCCAGCUGGCUGCUCUCUUCCCUCAUGACCCAGAGUUUAGAGGUCGCAAGCUUGUCACGUUUCAUAACCAACGAGAUUUUGUAUUCUUCAGACACCAUCGGUACGAAUUCAAGAGUGGGGAGAAAGCUGCCAUGCAGGAGUUGGGGCCGAGGUUCACAUUGAAACUGAAAUCCCUGCAGAAAGGCACGUUUGACAGCAAGUACGGGGAGUAUGAGUGGAUUCUGAAGCGACAUGAGAUGGAAACCAGCAGACGUCGCUUCUUUUUAUGAGUCCACGAAGGACUACUGUUUUAAAGCCACAAUAUGCACAUCUGCACGUUAAUUUCUCCAGUACUAGACUAGCAAAUACUUCGUGUCAUGCAUAA